AUGCUCAGACUUGGCAGGUUCGCACUUCUGCCUCUGGUAGCUGGCGCAGGAUGCGUGGAUCUGCUGGUGAUGGGCGACUAUGGCACGCGAGAUGCUCGCCAGGCCUCAGUGGCUCGGGGUCUUGCAGCUGUCGCCAGCGUCCGCCAGCCUGCAGCCGUGGCAGCCAUCGGCGACAACCUUUAUCCAUCUGGCGCGGACUACAAUCCCUGGACGAUCGUUCGGUGGUGGCGCGACGUGUACAUGGGCUACGACUCACUGAAUCGACCCUGGCACGUCAUUACAGGAAACCACGACUGGAUGACGGAUGGAACAGUGGAGCGAGACUUCACCAGCUCCAGUGAGAACCCAGGUGGCCACUGGCAGAUGCCGGACUUCUGGUUCAAGAAGACAUAUGCGGCGGACGGUCUCACUGUGGACGCAUUUUACAUCGACACCCAGGUAUGGAAAGGCAGCUACCUCGCGGAUCAGACCAUCGGCCGGCAAGCACGCCAACGCCAGAUCGACUGGCUGUUCUCUCAGCUGGAGAAGUCCACGGCAGACUGGAAGAUUGUUUUGGGCCACCAUCCCAUUUACUCAGCAGGCAACCACGGUAUGACGGAAGUGCUCUACC